GCUUGAGCCACAUGCUCACCAUACCAACACCAUACAAACAUUAUUCCCAUGCUAGGGGGUUAGGAAGUGAUAUUAUGAAGUGAGUUAACGUCAACAAAAUAGUUAAAAUGAGUGGAUCACAGGAGCAGUUGAUAGAAUUAAGCGAAAUGCGGCUGAAGUCCCCAGUGAGAACUAAAAUAAAAAGAAACAACAAAGUCGCUCAAAGUUGCUCGAAUUCAAUCUGCUCUACCAGCGACGAGUCUAACAUCAUCAGCGUUUUUUCUGCAACAGAGCACACUCAUUCAACUAAAGGAAAUGAACUGCAUGAAUCAUCGAUAUCUUUGACAGACAGUGUCUUUGUAAAACCCGGAUCUAGCGAAAAUAAGAAGCAGGACAGCGGGCAAUACUAUAGACAGAAACUAUCGGAACACUUGAAUAGAAUAAGACAAAAAGCCAGCGGCUCGGCCAAUCCGCAACCAUUGAAAAGUAUCAAAUCCGAGGAGGUUGAUACACCAAGAAGUGAAGAACUAGCUGGAUUAAGAAGUAGACUGCAUGUUGAUGCGACAUCGUCCACCGAUGGACGCCGUGCAUUUUUUGCAUUCAACAAUGAAGAACAGAAAGAAUCCCCGCAGGACUACGAUAAAAACGUCUACUACAUGUCAGCAGAAUGGUUGGACUUCGUCCUACAGUCUACCGAAAAGGAAUGGUUUUUUCAACCUACAAGGCAACCUCUAGAAAUCAGUACAAAGCAAGGAAUCGUAGAUCCGCCAAUGCUAGACGAUCAAGAUAUCUUCAAAAUCAAUUUAGAUAAAAAAGUACGGAUAAGAAAUAUAAUAGAACAAAGAUUGUUGGCAGAUGGCGACAGGCGAUGGUUUGAUACAAAUGGAGAGUUAUUCUUUCUAAAUGCUAUGUUCAAAACUGACGCUUUUCUACCCAAAGACAUACCAAUAGACUACACUUUAACCAUCUAUAAACCACCAUAUUUACAACAGGAAUUUGAAGAAGUGCGAAUCAUCAAAGAUCAAAUUUUAAAUUUGUAUCUGUCUGAGUUGAAAUUCUCAUUUCACCCUCUGUUCAGUUGUGAACAUUUGUUUGCUGAACAGCUACGGCAUAUAUGUGAUGAAUAUAGCAAAUCUAAGACCAAAGAGAUUAAAAAACAACUGGAUGCACUCAGAAAUGAUAAAGAAUCCAAAGAAGAAGAUAAAGCAGCUUCAGAAGACAGUGAAGAUACGGAGAAGCGUAACCUAACCAGAGAAAUUAAAAAGUUGCGUACACAGUAUUUUCGAGACUUAGAAAAAGAACGAAUUUACCUCAAAACGAUCCUAGAAGUAUGGAAACAAAUAAAAACUAUAAGAGAACAACAGGGAUACUCUAACACAGAUAUACAUUUGAAAAUACUGAAAAAGCCUGUUGACCUAGAAGCAGAUGCUGAAGCAUAUGAUACAGAGUUUGAGCUAACCCUUAAGGAAAUAAUAGAUGAGCAUAAAGCUAAAGAAGCAAAGGACACAGACACAGAAUCGAUAGCUUCGUCCGUAAAAACUGACGAAGAUAAGUUGAAACAAAAGCUGACUAAGCGUUUCAAGAAAUGUAUGAGGCAGCCUGGAGAACCUGUCGUGUCAUUUGUGUUGUCAAAGCAGCACCAGGUUACUGAAGAAGUAGCGAACUUUAAAGAGAAAGCAAGGAUAGACGCAGUAGCUUCAACCAAAUUGUAUCUAAGAAUACUAUGCAAAAAUAUUGAAGCCUGCAAAACACCACUUUUCAACCUAAGUGAUGACUUUAUCGUGGAUAUAAAUGAAACGUUUUCUUUGCAGCUGGUGGACGUGCCACAAUAUUUGAUAGUUGAGGUGAUAGAACAACCCAAAGCAUUACAGAAAAAGAAAGUCUGUGAACUGCAAGUUAACAUACCACCUUCAAACUCUAAUGGCUACGUUUUGGAAAAAUUAUAUUUCGAGAAAGACGAAAUCAUUCACUAUAAGCAUGAAGGACUUGGUAGUGGAAUAGACAUUAAAACUGCGGCUGAAAGAAUGAAGCUGAAAAUUUUAAAUUUGGAAAAUUAUGAAUUGAAGACAUCCGGCGCGUUGACAUACUCAAUAAAAUGGGAGAAAUUGUAUGAAGCGACAAAGGAGUUUAGUUAUGAAGAUAAAUUCAGGCUUGUCAAUGAUGUAGUUGAUAAAAAUAGCGGAUUAAAUAUUCCAAAGUUAAAAGAGCUUGCAGAACAUGAAACGAACGAGGAAAAUAAGAAAACUUAUUUAGACUUCAUCGAACAUUCUAAAAAUGAAGUUGCAAGGUUAAACACUUGCGAGGAACUACAAUUUUGUGAAAUAUCCAAAAUAGAACAAAACAUACGUUUUACGCUUCUAAGACUCAGAGACAAGAAAGAAAUCGAAUUUGAUGGAAUCUUAGUGCCAAACAGAGUCAAAGAAAUCCCCUUCAACAUACUAGCAGACUAUAAGAGAAGGAAAGCAGCCGAAGAGAAAGGAUAUUUAUCAGAUGAAUAUGAGUACGAGGAUGAGUUUGAAUCCCAAAGAAAAUACGGGAAAAAGUAUUUGAAACAAGUUUAUACCAAAGUUUUCCAGCGAUGCAAAAACACAGAAAAUAAUCUGGAGUAUAAAAGUGUCGUCAAUGAAAAAUUUCUCAUACAUUUUCAGUUUCUCAUAAAAAUUAUACUAAAGAAGGCAAUCAACUGGCUGAAAUGGCGACCAACAAUCAGCAAUCCACUGCCAACGUUGGUCAAGCCAACAGCUAAAGAAAAAUAUCAAACUAGAAUCGUUGACAAUGUCCAUAUUACUAUACAUGUAUUGAACGGCAAAAAUUUACCAAGUAGGAAUAAGUAUACGUUCAACACCGAUGGAAAAACCGAAAAUGAAUUGAGGCCAUUUGUGAGGAUCAACUAUAAAAAUGUAUGGAUCAGGAGCACCGCUAGUAAAGGAAGCAAUCCCGUGUGGAAUGAGACAUUGAAUCUACCUUUAGAGUCAUUUCACACAGACUACCAAAAUCCAAACUCGCUGAAUUGUAACAUAUCAAUCGACAUAUUUGAUGAGAGUAACUAUGAAAUGAAACAAAGACACAGAAAACGUUACAACUGGCUUGGAGGUGUUGAAAUUCCGAUUUCUUCUAUAUGUGAUUCCGAAAUCGCUAUGCAAGGAUUAUUCAAAGUUAGGCUACCUCAUAUUCUAUUGGGAUAUCAAACUGAAGAAGAGAAAUUCAAGACGAAAUCUCCCAAAACAAGUAACACGCAGUCUCACCAGGCUUACCUGCAGCUAGACAUAUCGAUAUCUCCAGCUGUUCCAAAACUUUCUCCAAAUAUGGAAGACCUACCUUGCGGAGAUCUCCCUUACAUAAAAGAACACAUUUUAAAGUGGAGUAACAGUUAUAACUACAGCUUUCGUUCAAGAAGCUUUUCAGCAAUGGUGAUAGACAUCCAGUGUAAAACUUUAUGUGCCACCCGGUACAUUGGAGUGGUGGAACCACCUCAAAUUAAUCAAGAAGAGUUUGAUCUCACCCCAGAGCAGUGUUUGAGAUAUGUUUCUUUGGUGCCAUUCACGGAGUACAAUCAUUUUUUUAACAACAUCUGGCUUUCGACCAAACAACUUUUACAACUACUGAUCGGCUCUACCAUAGACCACGCUAUAGCACUGACAUGCUAUCUGCUAGCUCUAAAAAUGGAAGCUUGGCUUUUGCUGGCCUACGGCAUACCACAUGGUAAAACGGCGUACGUUUUGGUUAAAGAAUACAGUGGACAAACUGAUAUUCCAAGAUAUUACGUGCUGGAUGUGGUUAACGCUGAAAAAUAUUACGUCGACGACCCGUACUGCCCUGUACAGAAAGUGUAUUGUCUGGUUAAUGGUGAAAACAUAUGGGCGAAUAUUCAAAAAACUGACGACAUUGCUGUAACCAACUUCAACCUAAACCGAAAAUCUGAUUGGCAACAACUGUUCAGCAAAGAUCACGUGGCACCAGCUAAAUUAUCAUGUCACGUGGCAUACAAAGUGAAAAAUGACACCAAACAACUGGAAAUGCAACUGGAGAGAAAAAUCAAGCGACAAAUCACCAAACUAAGACAACUCAACAGAACAGUUUGGAAUAAACACAUUUCGGACAUUUUUAAGCAUACUCUCAAAUCCUUAGAGAUGAAUUGCAUGUAUAAUAAAAAUUUUCACGAAACUAUUUCAGAUUUACAUAGGAAAAUAUCCGCAUAUAAGGUGUAUGGCUAUGCUAUCAAUAUACCAUUCACAAGUAUAUUGGACAUUGUCAAAAGGAUCAAAUCAAUGGACAUGCAUCUUCAGGAUGGCGAUAAUGAAUUUGCCCUCGCAGUAUACUUGCAUUCCUUUUCAGGUGGCAUACUAUCUGUAUGGAUACUUUUUGGAAUUGUUGAUGAAGUUAAUGAGACUGUAGUUUGAACUGAUUUUUAAUAAAAUAAUACUGUUGGAA